CCAUCUUCAUCAUCAUGAUGAUUGUUUUAUUAUUUUUUAUAUCUUUCCAAUCAUUUAAUAGUUCAAGCUUAAUUACCGCAGAGUCUUGUUCGCCAAAAAAAUUUACAAGCCUUGCAAGAAGACAAUUUGAAAAAUAUUAAGGUAACUAACGGGUGGAAGGAUCAUCCAGGCAGGUAACAAGCCGAGUUUGUUUGUUCUACCAUGUGUGAUGCUAGUAAAGGAAAGCAUUACAAAAAAUGGGACAAAAACAAGUGCCGCCAGCAAGUAGUACUAGAAAGGUAAUCGAUUUUUCAAGAUAUCAACAAUUUUCGCAUUGGAAAUUGGUUUCAUCAGCGAGAUAUUCAGCAUUGGUUCAAAGUCUUCCCAACACAUCGGAACAGCAAGAAGAGAAUAAUUUAAUUUCUCAAGAUGAUCGGAAUAAUAAUCAAUUAAUUAAUUGUGAUCAUGAUGAAAAUUUCAAUGAACAACAACAAAUUGAUAGUAUACAUGAUGAAACUAACAAUUCAAUAAUAACAACAAAAUUAGGAAUUUUAAUUAUCAAAUUACCUGAUGAGAUGAAAAUGCACAUUAUGGAUUAUCUUACAAUCUUUGAUGUUAUAAUGAUGGAAAGAGUUUCAAAGAGUUUCAACGUUUGGUCGGGAUUGGAUAUUUUUUGGCGACAAGAAUUGAAUAAGCUUGCCAAUGAAACUUGGAUACAUUUCAAACCAGUUGCAUACGAGAAGAGUCAGAUGCAGAUGGUGCAUCCACGGGAUUAUGUUUUAUUGUAUGAAAGAUUUAUGAGUGAAAUUCGAAAGAGUCAAUCUCGUCCAGAGAAGAAAAUUGACUAUCUCCAUAAUGUGACAUUGUUAGGACCUAUGAAAUGUGGAAAGAGUGAAUAUUUGAAAAGGUUACACCAAUCAGAAUUUAGCAGUAUAUAUCGUCCAACAAUUGGCGUGGAAUUCUAUCCGAAAUACUUUAACGAUAGUCAAUGUAUGAUGAAAUUUCUAAUUUGGGACACAAGUGGUGAUCCACAAUUUUCACAUAACUCAUUAUCUUACUAUAGAGGAGCCCGUGUUGUUUUCUUCUGCUUUGAUUUGAGUGAUUCCGCCUCAUUUGAGGAUAUGAAAAAACAAGUUGUCGAUUUGGACCAGCAAUUUUACAUUUUCAGAGAAAUGAAAGAAGAUACCAGAAAAGAUAGCAUACUGUUUAUUAUUUUGGGAAUGAAGAGGGAUUUGAAAAGACAAGUCUCUCAACAAGUAAUUUCUGAAUAUAUUGCUGAACUUGUGCCCACAUAUAAUGAUGCAAUGAAAUUCUCAAAUGCAAAAUUAGUUUAUUUUGAGAUUAGUUCAAAGGAAGAUUCAAUUCAAGAUUUACAAUUUCCUCUUCAGUAUGCAUUUGCUUACCGUAUGAAUAAUUGUUGA